AUGUUACUAAAUACCAGAAGACGAGGUACUAAUUUGAUUUUAAGAAGAUUCAAGCAUGUGUUGGGAAUUGAUUUAGGAACAACUAAUUCAGCUGUUGCCACCGUUGGUUCAAGUAAUGAGCCUUAUAUACUAGAAAAUGAAGAAGGUAAAAGAACUACUCCAUCAAUUGUGGCAUUCAAAGGUGACGAGACUUUAAUUGGAUUACCUGCUAAAAGACAAGCCUUACUCAAUCCAAGAAAUACAUUUUUUGCAACAAAAAGAUUAAUUGGUAGAAAAUUUGAAGAUCAAGAGGUUCAACGAGAUAUAAGAAAUGUACCAUAUAAAAUAAUACCUGAUAAAACUGGAGAUGCAAUUUUACAAACUUCCGAGAACAAGAAAAUAACUCCAUCAGAAAUUGGCGGGCUAAUUUUGAAUAAGAUGAGAGAUGUAGCUGAAAAGCAAUUGGAUUUGAAAAAUAUUAAUCAAGCAGUCGUGACUGUUCCAGCAUACUUCAAUGACAGUCAAAGACAAGCAACGAAAAAUUCAGGCAAAUCAGUAGGGAUUGAUAUAUUACGAGUCAUAAAUGAACCCACAGCUGCUGCUUUAGCAUACGGAUGUGACAAAUCAAGAAAAGAAGGUAUAGUUGCAGUGUUCGAUUUUGGAGGUGGAACAUUUGACAUCUCAAUAUUAGAAAUUGAGGAUGGAGUUUUUGAAGUGAGAGCUACUAAUGGUAAUACACAUUUAGGGGGUGAAGAUUUUGAUAUUGUUUUAAUGAAUUAUAUACUAAAUGAUUUUAAACAAAAAUAUGAUAUUGAUUUAUCCAAUGAUCAUUUAGCUGUUCAAAGAAUAAGAGAGGCCGCAGAAGAAGCGAAGAUUGAGUUAUCCAAGGUUCCCCAGACGGAGAUCAAAAUUCCUUUCAUUCAUGGAGACAAACACUUAGAUAUAACAUUGACUGAAGACCAAUUGGAUGAGAUGACCUUACCAUUGAUCGAGAAAGUAAUAGAGCCAGUAAAGAAAUGUGUGAGGGAUGCUGAUUUGAAAUUUAAAGAUAUUGAUGAGGUUUUGUUGGUUGGAGGGAUGACAAGAAUGCCUAAAAUGAGAAAAGUUGUAGAAGAGUUGUUCGGAAAAAAGCCAAGUACUGCAGUGAACCCAGAUGAAGCUGUUGCACUUGGAGCUGCAAUACAAGGAGCAGUACUUGCAGGUCAAGUUAAAGAUGUUGUGUUGCUAGAUGUGACUCCUCUAUCAUUAGGAAUUGAAACAUACGGAGGUAUCUUUAGUCCUUUGAUACCUAGAAAUUCAGCCGUACCUAUCAAGAAAGAGCAAAUGUUUUCAACAGCAGUUGAUGGUCAAACAGGAGUGGAAAUAAGAGUAUAUCAAGGGGAAAGAAUGUUGAUUAAAGACAAUAAAUUGAUUGGUCAUUUUAAAUUAUCAAAUAUACCGAAAGGUCCAAAGGGAACUCCACAAAUUGCAGUGGAGUUUGAGAUUGAUGCUGAUGGGAUAAUCAGUGUCAGUGCGUCUGAUAAGACACCUUAUCCCAAGGACUCACCUCAUUAUGGGAAACCUAAUAAAGUCUCAAUUCAAGUAACUGAGGUAGGAUUGACAGAUGCUGAUGUUGAAAGAAUGAUUACUGAAAGUAAUAGAAACAAAAAGCAGGAUGAAGAAAUGAGAAAAUUAUAUGAGCAUGCUUCAAGAGCAGAACUUUUAUGUACAGAUACUGAAAUAGCAUUAAUACAGUUUGGUGAGCUAAUGGAAGAGUCAGAAGUUAAAUCAAUCAAAAGAUUGAUGGAAAAAUCUAAAGAAAUGAUUGACAACAUUAGGAAUCAUAAAUUGAAAGAUCCCAAAGUACUUAAUGAUACACUUAAUGAGAUGCAAAAGGAGUGCAUGGAAGCUAUAAAAAAAGUCGCCAUAAAACAGGAAAAGGAGAAGGUGAAAGAAAAUGGGGAAAACAAAUUGUAA